CAGCUACCUAGCCAUCCUCAUCCUCGCAUAGCGUAGCUUUCUUGGCGUGUGAAGAUGGCGUCGAGGGCUGUGAAGGUGGCGCUGCUGCUCGCGGCGGUGGCGACGACGUGCGCGCUGGCGCAGCUCCACGAGAAGUUCUACGGCGAGACGUGCCCCAGCGUGGAGGAUGUCGUGAGGAAGGAGAUGGUGAAGGCGCUGUCACUGGGUGCUUCGUCAGGGGGUGCGACGGCUCGGUUCUGCUGGACUCGGCCAACAAGACGGCGGAGAAGGAUACGCAGCCGAACCAGACGCUGCGAGGCUUCGGCUUUGUCGAGAGGGUGAAGGCCGCGGUGGAGAAGGCCUGCCCCGACACCGUCUCCUGCGCCGACAUCCUCGCCCUCAUUGCCAGGGACGCAGUAUGGCUGCAAGGGUCCAUUCUGGACAGUUCCUCUCGGCCGGCGAGACGGCAGCGUGUCCAUUUCCAACGAGACCGACGCUCUGCCACCCCGACCCCCAACUUCACCGUGCUCACCCAGCUCUUCGCCGCUGUGAACCUCGACGCCAAGGACCUCGUCGUCCUGUCCGCCGGGCACACGAUCGGGACGUCGCACUGCUUCUCCUUCUCCGACUGGCUCUACAACUUCACCGGCAUGGAGAACCCCAGCGACAUCGACCCCACGCUAGAGCCGCAGUACAUGAUGCGGCUCAAGAGCAAGUGUGCAAGCCUCAACGACAACACCACCCUCGUGGAGAUGGACCCCGGCAGCUUCAAGACCUUCGACACCGACUACUUCAAGCUGGUGAGCAAGCGGAGGGGCCUCUUCCACUCCGACGGCGCCCUCCUCACCGACCCCUUCACCCGCGCCUACGUCCAGCGCCAUGCCACCGGUGCCUUCAAGAACGAGUUCUUCGCCCACUUCGCCGACUCCAUGAUCAAGAUGGGCAACGCCAACCCGCUCACCGGAAGCCAAGGUGAGAUCAGAAAGAAGUGCAGCGUGGUCAACCAUUAAACCACCGACGAAGUACAAGGCCGUUUUGAUUUGUAACAAUCUUUUUUCCUUGUAAAUUACUGUAAGAUUGUUAUAGCUCCUUUCUCUCCUAAAUCUUUUUCUUUCAUUAACUUAUUGUUUCGUUACAACCAUGUUAGUUCCUUGUACACAGGACGAACACUUUGAUAUUGCCACCUCUGACGUGUCGUCCAUUGUCAUCUGGAGAUUAUUCAUGUCACGGUUA